AGGGUCGUGUUCUCUGAUCGUUCAUAGCGCCGUAGGGUGCCAGCGUUACCUACCACCGCGCUAAUGCAGGAAGCACUUCGAUUAAUUCCCGGGGGCUGUCACUAAGUAACGAUUAAUCUAGUCACCGGGGUGGAACGCUGUGUUUGUCCUCGCCCGAUACAUCAUAGUGUGAAGCUGAUAUAUAUGUGCAGCCUACUUUUCUGGCUUCAGCACCGUAGUUCUUCAAUUUGAGGCUCAUCCCCGUCGUAUCUGCAUACUAUUCAUCCACUCUUCUUUUUCUAUGUCUGAUCCUUCCUGGGCGCCGACCAAUGAAACAGCUGAGCAGAUAUGGAUUGAGGAGGCGAAUAUUGACGGCAUCUGCAUUGAAGCUGUUGGAUAUGGUGUCCAUCUCACGCUCUUUUUCCUAUGCUUCAACCUUCUCUGGGACAUGAGAAAACGUCAGCCAAAAUACGCUUAUACGUUUCUGGUCUACAUAUCAGCGUUGGUUGUGCUUGGCUCGAUCGGCGCGGGAACAUCUCUAAAGAUUAACCAAGAAGCUUUCGUCAACAAUUGUAAUUUUCCUGGUGGUCCCAGCGCAUACAAUAUACUAGAGUAUGGUGUCGCGUACAACGUUGUCGGUACUGGUGCCUAUAUCAUGAACACAUGGCUUCAGGACGGCCUCCUGCUUUACCGGUUUUACAUUAUCUGGGGUGCCUUCUGGUGGUUGAUGAUAGUUCCCAUCCUCUUAAUGUUGGUGUCAAUCAUCAUGUCCUGUUUCCUGUUGGCUCAACUGGCCAGACCAGGUGCUACCUUGUGGGAGACAUCGAGUGUCAACUUUGCACUGACCUACUGGUCGACGUCCAUUGCUACGACGAUUUUACUCACCCUGCUCAUCGUUGCACGGCUCAUGUAUGCCCGUUAUCGCAUGCGUAAAGCCAUGGGCCCCGGGCAUCAAGCAUCCUACUUAUCAGUAGCUGCCAUGCUUGUUGAAUCCGCCUCUCUUUAUGCUGUGUUCGCCCUUGUUUUUAUCAUCACAUACGCUCGCGGUAGUUCGGUCAAUUACCUUCUGUUCGGACCGCUAGGACAGGUGCAGUCAAUCGCACCCCUCCUUAUCACCCUUCGCGUCUCUCAGGGACGGGCCGCCACGAAGGAGACUAUGCAGGAGACUAUGCUCGGUACCACCAAACCAGCCGUAACCCCCGUGCUCCAUACAUCUCGCCCUUCAGAUACUGCGAUUGAGUUAUAUUCCGUUGGAGGAAAGUCCCUUGAUCCUGACUCUCGCGUGGAGGUGAAUGCAGAAAGUAGUCGAUCAACCGAAUUCAAAAUUCGGAUUGAAGAUGGUUCUGAUGCUUAGGAUAGUUUUGCAGUGAUCUCUUUCAGGGUUUACUAUUUACGUCUUGUUAUCAGUAUAUGUUACGUGUUCCUCGAAUGUGCUUCAUGAUAUUUAUAUAUAAAGACAGGAUUCUUUUGUAUCCCGCUCAUGUGUACUAAUGACAAUGUAUGUUAGUG